CUAAUUACUUGUCCGGACAUGUGCCUAACUACUUCGUAUAGGUAAUCUGGGACAUAUGCAGGUGGCGUUCUACCCUAUCGAUUCUUCCCGUCCUGGUUUCAUUAGUACCUCUACCAAAUAGGGCAAUGUAUCCCUGAUGAUCCCAAGCUAUACUGUAAACGUUGUUUCGGACCUGAGAGCAUUCCUAGAAGUACUAUUUUUUUUCUCCCACGCUACCUACGUACAUACAUACAUACAUACAUUAUACAAAUGUAGAUAUCAUUAGAAAAAUAUGAACCUAAAAAGCAUAAAUACGCAAGCAUGGCUAGCUGCGAUAAGGAAUCUAAUGCCCGGCGAGACUUUGAUGUGAGACCGAGAAGGGGACGCCCGGCCAAGGCUCGACAAUAUCGCACCACCGCCCUUGAAAGCCGAGAAGGACCUUCAUUGUUAUCUGCCUAUUAUCAUCUAUUCCCCUCCUUCGAGAGUAGUUACCGUAAUUAGUCGUAUCAUCAGUUGGACUGGUCCUACUGUAGGUAGUUUAAAUCGUGUGACAGCCCUGCGAUACUUUUCCUUUUCGACCCGGAAUGCGCUCUCGUUUCUCCGUUCCGCAGCUAAUUUCUUACGCCUCUCCUUGACCUCCCCGUAUACACGAAUUCAUCUCCCUCUUUCUUGUAGCAGUUGAUCAUGCAACUGUUUACAGCGGCGAUACUCUGCGCCGCCCUCGUCGGCUUCGCGGCUUUCCACCUAUUCAGGUCGUUCAAAGAGAUUAACAACACUCGUAAACCUCCGGGACCGACCUUACUUCCAUACAUAGGGCGCAUACAUGAUGUCCCUAUUCAGUUCAUGUGGCUGAAAUUCAAGGAAUGGGCUGACAAGUAUGGCCGAACGAACGGCUUUUUCUUCACGGAGAUGCUCGGCGCUAAGUUCCUCGUCGUCUCGGACGAGAAGGUAGCGGAAGAACUCUUGGUGAAGCGCGCGAAAUUCAACUCGGAUAGACCGAUGGUCAGAUCUCUAUUCGACUCGAAGAGUACAUACGGAUCGAUGGAGUAUCUCCCUCUCAUGGGAAGAAACCAAUACUGGGCAAGACAGCGCCGAUUUACGCAUUCCCAUCUAACUGACGCCUCUAACGCUCACUACUAUGGUGUGAUGUACCAUGAAGCGAAGCGCUGGCUCGUCCGGUUGAUGGAAAACCCCGACGAUUUUGCGAAUUCCUUAGAAGAUAUGGCAUCCAAGAUUAUGUGUCAGUUGACAUGGGAUGACCUCACUAUCAGCGAAGAGUGCACGAUAAGUGCGAAGGGUCUUUUGAGACAGAUGUCCCCGGCCGGACCAAUCACCAAUGUUCUGACGCCACUUUGGCACUUACCUAUGAUCAUCAAUCCCUGGAAAACUGCCGAACGCAAGAGACACGAUGAUCAACAGGCGUGGUGGAUGGAACGCCUAUUAAACACGCGCAACAAGUUUCUUCAAGGUGUGCAAAGGUCUUGCGUUACUCGUAAAUAUCUUGAGAAAGGAGAGAAACGGUCGAAUCUCUCUGGCGACUAUGAAGCUUCCUCUGCGAUAGGGAUGAUGGCCCUGGUGGGUAUCUUCACAGUAGCCGGUCCGUUAUCAUACUGGUUAAUAUCGAUGAUACAUCAUCCGGAAUGGCAAGCGGCGGUACAAAAGGAGGUCGACGAGGUGUGCGAAGGACGGAUGCCGACUUUAGACGAUACACCGCGACUACCUAUUCUCCGAGCAUGCAUUAAAGAGACGAUGCGAUGGAGGCCGAACGUACCCACUGGAGUCGCACAUGAAAUGGAAGCCGACGAUGAAUUUCAAGGAUAUUUUCUUCCGAAGGGAACGAGAAUUCUUCCCCUUGACUGGGCAUUCCUUCGUAAUCCUGACAAGUAUCCCGACCCAGAAAAUUUCCGGCCCGAGCGCUGGUUGAAACCUGAGUGGCCUACUUAUCAAGAGCCACUCAGCACGUAUCCAACCAUUAAAGGCAUGACCUCGUUUGGUUGGGGUCAGCGUCAAUGUUUAGGACAGACGCUCACGCAAGACGAGCUCGUAGUGGCAUGCGGUGCGCUGAGCUGGUGUUUCAAUCUCAAACCGAAGAAAGAUCCGAUCACGGGGAAUGAUUUACCUGUACCACAUGACAAGUCAAAUUCCCUAUUGAUUAUUAAGCCAGAUCCAUUCGAAAUGGCUUUUGAGCCUAGAAGUCAAGCUCGAAAAGAAGAAGCACUUCGACUUUGGGCUGAGUCUGAAGCGAAAUAUAUCCAAGAAAAGGAGGAAUUCCUCAAAGCCGCAACUGGGACCAAAGAAAAGAUAGAAAUCGUGUAA